AACCCGAUCUAUAAAUACUGCGUUUAAACUUACGGGGAGACUUCUUUGUCUAUCUAAUGAAAUACAAUUCAUAAAAAGACGCAUACAAACAAUGUUUGCAGUAAUUGGAAUUGUGAUUACUGUUCAAUUGGUGAGUAUUGUUUACAAGAUAGAAAUUAAUAUAUUUUACAUUAAAUUGGAAGAUAAUAUUUAUUUUCCAAGUCUUAUUUAUCAUUUGAGUGUCGAUAUGCCUUAGUGACUGAUUAUUCUAUCAGCUGAUUUUUGUUUCAACUUAAAAAUUUAAAUUUCUUCAUUUCAUCUUUAACACACACACACAAAAAAAUGACAUUAAUUUGUGGGUGAUCCGAUUUUCCGGUUAACAACACCACCACCAGGUGUCGCUGUCACAAGCCCAGGAGUCAAGCGUCGGGAAGCCAUGUACCUCGAGUUUUGACUGCGGAGUGACCGGAUGUUGCCUGAAGUCUCCCCAAUCUGGGGGCUCUUUCUGCGCACCGAUGAUAAAGGAACAUCAAAGUAAGUGGGGCUACGAAGGCGUGGCUAGGGUGGGAUAUAUUUAAUCUACGUUACCCAUAGAAGGAUAUGACGAGAUAUCUGUAAUAUGUUUAAGGUGAAAUCGUUUUCAUUUAUCUAUUUCUUUUACAAUUAAAAAUUUUCCUCCUAAACCCUUCUUUUAAAAUUUGAAUAGUGUUUUUUCGGGGGCGGGGCGGGGGAGGGGGGUCUUUUUAUCAAAAGAGUACAAAAUUAUAUUGGUGUUAAAAAGUUUAUUUAAAAGAAAGGACUAUUUUCAUGGCCUCAUAGUAUUGUGUUGUAGCAAUGAAAUUCAUCUUUUCUUUUCGUCGAGACUUCAUUUUAAUUGAAACAAAGUGAUGCCCGAUCCCAUUUUACAGACAUGUUAUUUGAGCAGGGCAGUGUGGGGCAUUUGCCCUCCCCCUCCCCGAAUUUGCAGGUUUUAUGUAAAUUGUUAUGUACUGUAGUGCCUCCAGUAAUAAACAACUUAACAAGCAGACCAAGUUUUGCUUUGCAUCACCACCCCCCCCCCUUUUUUUUUGUUCGAAAAAACCCAUUAAUGACGCCCCUGCCACAUUAUAGCAGAAAGGGUCCCCCCUCCGACCCAUUUUAUGUUAUGUACUGUAGUGCCCCCAGUAAUAAAAAACUUAACAAGCAGACCAAGUUUUGCUUUGCAUCACCACCCCCCCCCCUUUUUUUUUUGUUCGAAAAAACCCAUUAAUGACGCCCCUGCCACAUUAUAGCAGAAAGGGUCCCCCCUCCGACCCAUUUUAAAAUAGCAACGUGAUUGUCGUCACCAUAUUACGUAAAGAAUCAAUUGAAUAAUCCCUUACGUCCCCACAGAUUCAUAUUCUGAAUAUUUACUGUUUAAUUUUUAAAAUUGUUUAUGGAUAAAUCUUAAAUUCAUUGAGCGGAAUGGUAGGCACCCCAAAAACAGUGUGAGACCCGCGGUCUCUCUUUUAGAACAACUUAACUUCCGUUUCUAACAAUAACAAUAUCACAGAGCCCUUCCUGUUCUGAACAUUGAGCCACAUUGACUUUACUCAGACCUUGGAACACAUAAGUUUUAUUUUUUAAUUUACAUUUGUCUGAUGUCUAAUUGUAUUUUAUUGUCUGCCAAAGAAGGCGUCUACCUGAAACGUCCGCUUAAUUCUCUUGUAUUUCCUUUCAAACCUAGACAUACCCUGUUCCACCAUUUAUUUAAACAUGAAUAAUAUUGUGGUAAUUAAAAAAUCCCUCUGGAAAUAGACGAAGUAUUGUGAAAUUAUCCAACCUUUAUUAAGACGCAGAUUAAGACACAAAUUAAGGUCAUUAAAUUUUUAGAUUACCUUUUGAGUCAGCAACCACACAGAAGACCACCCGCAACACUAUUUGGAGUUACGACCCAUGGGUUGAGAACCAGUUCACUUGAGGAAUGGAAAUAUAAAACCUUUAAAAUAGUUCAAGAUAACUGUACAAGAAUUAAUAAAAAGACAUUUUCUUCUCUAUUUCAACUAAAUUUGUACGAUUUUUUAACCAAACACGUACACUAUUUAUCAAUUGGAAUACAAGGACUACUUCCCUAAGAACUACUUCCAUCUUACACAAGAACUACUUUCAUAAGAACCACUUCCAUAAGAACUACUUCCAUAAGAACUACUUCCAUAAGAACUACUUCCAUAAGAACUACUUCCAUAAGAGCUACUUCCAUAAGAGCUACUUCCACAAGAGCUACAUCCAAAACAGCUACUUCCAUCAGAGCUACUUCCAUAAGAACUACUUCCAUAAGAGUUACAUCCGUAAGAACUACUUCCAUAAGAGUUACUUUCAUAAGAGCUACUUCUAUAAGAGUUACAUCCAUAAGAGCUACUUCCAUAAGAACUACUUCCAUAAGAGUUACAUCCAUAAGAGUUACUUCCAUAAGAACUAAUUCCAUAAGAGUUACAUCCAUAAGAGCUACUUCCAUAAAAACUACUUCCAUAAGAGUUACAUCCGUAAGAACUACAUCCAUAAGAGCUACAUCCAUAAGAGUUACUUCCAUAAGAACUACUUCCAUAAGAGUUAAAUCCGUAAGAACUACUUCCAUAAGAGUUACAUCCGUAAGAACUACAUCCAUAAGAGCUACAUCCGUAAGAACUACUUCCAUAAGAACUACUUCCAUAAGAACUACUUCCAUAAGAACUACUUCCAUAAGAACUACUUCCAUUAGAGUUAUAUCCAUAAGAGUUACUUCCAUAAGAACUAUUUCCAUAAGAGUUACAUCCGUAAGAACUACAUCCAUAAGAGCUACAUCCGUAAGAACUACUUCCAUAAGAACUACUUCCAUAAGAACUACUUCCAUAAGAACUACUUCCAUAAGAACUACUUCCAUAAGAGUUACAUCCGUAAGAACUACUUCCACGCAUCUUGCAUGUCAGUUUAAUUACAUGGUAGGUAGGUCAAUGUGGUUUUUUUCUCCUGCGUCCACAGAAUGUUACGUCAGUAAUGACCGUUACCUGAUGUCUUUUGGUCACACCGUGUUCAACAAGUCAUGCCCAUGUGACUUCAACUUAAGAUGUGACGGCACGCUCACUCAACCCUUGACUUUUGAACACAUAGAUGAAGGUAAAGACGAACGGGCAAGUGUGGGCUUGUAGUUUAUUUAUGUACUAGAAAUAAAACAGAAUAAAAUGGCGUCGACAAUGCGUGGACUGUGAACUUCCCAGCUACAAAAGUUACUUGACAAAACAUGCAAUCAGGGGUAGACUGAGCCGCCGGGACAUCGGGAUGAUUCCCGAUGGGCCGCUAGGACCGGUGAUAUAAUAUAAAUAAAAGUCAUGAAGAUAGGGCCGCUUUUUUGUUUUUUUCCUGGGCCGCUUUGAUUUUUUCCCGGGCCGCUUGAACUCCCCAGUCCACCCCUGCACGCAAUCAAGAAGCGUACUUUAUAAGAAUCCCAAUGGGUUCUAACUUCUGUGAAAUUUUAUUUCGCGUGUCCAAUAUAACCAACGUUGUAGCCAAGCAUGCAUAUCGUGAGAAUCAUUGUUUUUGAUAUGUUUGGUAUUAUAGUUCGAAUACUUCUCAAUGAACACCAGGAAAGCUAGCGAAAGAAAUAAUUGUUUUCGAACAAAUUAUUUUUAAACGCAAUUGAUUUUUCGAUCCCUUUAAAUAUUUUACAUGCCAAUCGAAGAAUUCAGGCGUAAUAUAUAAUCUCUGUAAAAAAAAAACAACAACUUAAUAAUAAUACUCCCGUAAUUGGCAUUGUAAUUUUAAUACAUACGGUGGUAUAUAACAAUCUUGUUUUUGUUUUUUUGUUUUUUUUGUAAGCAAAUGUUUAACCACUUAUUAAUAUCAAAUAUAACGUAAAACUACUACACUUGCAAUUAACGCAUACUUAAGUAACAGGAACGAUUUCAGCUAAGAUGCACGUGUUCGGCUACUUGCCGGAAGUGCUGGUAAGACGACCAUGACCUUAUGCAAAAUGUUUAGCAGAAAUAAAUGUAUCGUGUGCGUGCUCCAAAGCCAAUCCUCCCCUUUGUCCCACCCCCAAAAACAAAUAAUCCGUUUAGUAUGCACAUUCAAUAUGUAAAAUUACUUUCAAAAGCAUUUAAAAGAUCUUCUCCCAGUUCAUUUUAAUACGGCAUUAUUGAUGUUAUAUAUAUAUAUAUAUAUAUAUAUAUCCAGGGACGUGCCGUGAUGUCUUGGAACUUCUAAAGGAGUGGAACAAUCCGCAUUAUAUCAAGAAAGAUGUCAGCGGCUCGUGCUCCUCUGGAAAAGACUGCUCAGCAGACGAGUGUUGCGUCAGCGCAAUUCAGCCCAUCGGAAGGAAGAAGAGACUCGCCAUUGGCAGAGGAGCGUGUCAGAAACUUGGGGAAACCGGUGAUUGUAAGUGUUCGAAGCUCCCAACGGUAAAGCAUCUUUUUUUCCAUUGAGGAUGAUAACUGAAACACUGAGAAGAAAUGACUGAAACCCCGAACUGAAAAUUUGGCGUAGGCCAUCUAAACUUAACAAAAUUAAGUGAAAGAUCUUUCGUACUUAAGAAUCCAUGUGAACAGAAUUUAAAAAAAAAAACGACCGCUUGCUCUUAGACUGAGACGUUUUCAUUUGUGACGUGCAUUAGCUAAUCGUAUUUUUCCCCUUCUCUUUAAGAAGUAAAAAAAAACAUAUAGUACUAAUCUGGUUGUUAGAUUGAUUAAAUACUUUUUGUACUAGGUAGGCUAUACGUUUUGUGACAGGAAGGCUACACCUUUCUUUGUCAGGUAGGCUAUACUUUUUUGAGUCAGGUAGGAUAACGUUUUGUGCCAGAUAGGCUAAACUUUUGUGUGCCAGGUAUGCGUUUCAAUUAUUAAAAAAAUAAUAAUAAUAAACAUCCCACUAAUUCGUGAUCAUUAACACAAAUCUCCAGCCUGCCUAGUAAGUGUGACCACGGCAGCAGACAUGAACUGGGAAUGUCCAUGCGUAUCGGGUCUUACUUGCAAGGGUCAGGGAUUAUUUGAGGUUCCGCUUGGAGAGCGAGGUAAACUAUCUUUUUUUUUUUUUGUCUAA